AUGUCGGCGUUGGCCGCACGCGGAAUGCUUGAUUUCUCGCUCGAGGAUGGUGAGCGAGUGGAGCCGUUUUUUGUGACCAAAAAGAAUGGCAAGCUCAGGCUUGUCGUAGACUGCAGGCGUUCAAACUGUCAUUUCACUGAGGCCGGUGGGGUCUCGCUCUGCACUGGUGAAGGGCUUUCCGCCAUCGAGCUGGGAGCCAACGAGGAUAUCUUCGUUGGUGGUGCGGAUUUGAGUGAUGCGUUUUACCACAUGGGGCUCCCCAAACCCCUUAGGAAGUAUUUUACUUUUCGGCCCGCGCGGGCCGCGUCUGUAGGGCGCACGGAGAUUGGGGGUCGAGCUGUGGCUGCGCACGAGAAGGUAUACCCUAGGCUCGCUGUCAUUCCCAUGGGAUGGUCUUGGGCUUUAUGGAUGUGCCAGAAGAUACACGAGAGGAUUAUGGAGGCAGCUGGCUCGGACCCCAAGUUUAGGAUCACCGACAAGACGUGCCCCCCAGACCUCAGCCAGCCGUGCCACACGCAGUAUGUGGACAACUACAUUGCAAUCUCGACCAACCGGGACAACGUGAGAAAGUCGUGGCGGAAGAAGGGCGAGAGCAUCCCGGUCCUGGAGGCCCGCGCUACCCUGUACGGCUACAGCGCGGGGGCGCUGGUGCAGGUGCUGCCGACGGCCCCCCCGGGCUCGGUCGCGCCCGUGCGCCGCAAGGUGAGCCAGCGAGCCUCGCGGGCUGCGGCUCGGCGGUCCACAGCAGUGCGGCUGCCGGGUAUGACAGUGCUGGAGGCGGCGUCCAUCAAGCCGAGGACGCGGGACCGCUACCAGAAGAUCUUCGCCGAUUUCUUGGAGUGGGCGAACGGCCGUCGGCUGACGACCGAGGACCUGGUGGACCAGGCGAUCGCGGAGUGGCUGGACGUCCUCUACCUAGGCGGCGAGGACCUGAGUGCAGGGUCCUGGGCGUAUGCGGCGGUGACUUUCUUCACCGGCCUGAACAAGGCGUCGGGUGCGCUGAUGCCUCGGUCGCGGCGCGCCCUCCAGGGCUUUCGCAAGCUCGCACCACCACGCUCUCGAUUGCCGAUGCCCUACAUGGUAGUGGCCAUGGUGGUGAUGGAGCUCCUGGGCCGACGGCGCUACCAGAGUGCGCUCGCGGUCCUCCUCAUCUUCGAGCUGUACCUGAGGCCCGGAGAGGCGUUCCACAUCAGGGCGGUCGACCUGGUCCCGCCUGUGGCGAGGGUCAGCGGAGCGUCCCACUGGUGCGUGACUCUCCAUGCCGCCGAGACCGAGAGGGAGUCCAAGACCGGCGAGUUCGACGAGAGCCUGUCUCUGGAUCUCGGCCGGCAGUCCUUCAUCGGGCCCGCGCUCGACCUGAUGCUGACGCGCCAGCUGGGCACGGACUGGCGGCGCGCAGAGCAGAGGAACGUCGGCUCCGGCCUGCACCUGGCGGCGCCGCUGUUCACCGUGACGCUCGACGAGGUGACGAGGGACUUCAAGGGGGCCGUCGAAACGCUGGGGGUGGACAUCGCGCUGGGCGCCGCCCACAUGUACAUGCUGCGGCACGGCGGCGCCUCGCACGACUACGCCUCGGGCUGCCGCCGCUUGGAGGACGUGCGCCGUCGCGGGCGCUGGCGUUCGUGGUCCUCGGUCAGGCGCUACGAGAAGGGGAGCAGGUUGGGUCAAGUCGUUCACAAGCUCGGGCCGGUGCUCCAGGCCCACGGCAAACUCUGCGUCGAGCUGCUGAGCGAGCGGGUCUUCGUCGAAGUCUUCUCGGGCAGCGGCCACCUCUCGGAAUCGAUCUCGAGGGUAGGUGUCACCGCCUUGCUGUGGGACAUUAGCCUCGGCGAGUCGUACGACCUUAGGAUGUUCCAGAGGGGGUUCAGGAUUUACGCGCGCGCGGAGUAUUCGAUGUCCCGGGGGGUGCUGAUGCGGCAGCUGUUCGACGACACGUUCGGCAUGUUCGAAACCGGCGCAGUCUCCAACACCACGUGGUUCAACAUGGCAGCGCCGGACGACGAGGACACCAACAACAUGUUCGCGAUCUGCGGUAUGGUUGUCGGCCUGGCGGUCUACAACAACCAGGACGGCAUCCAGAUCCACCUGCCCCUGGCGUUGUUCAAGAAGCUGAAGGGCGAGGCCGUGCAGCUCGACGACCUGGAGAGCGUGGACCCCGAGGUGUGGCUCUCGCUCCAGAAGUUGCUCGCGUGGAGCCCGUCCACCGAGCAGCCCAGCCGGGAGUUCGAGGACACGUUCUGCCUGAGCUUCUCGACGAGCGCCGAUUUCUUCGGGGACGUCAGGACCGUCGAGCUGAAGCCCGACGGGAAGAACAUCGAAGUGGACCUCGACCACCGCCAGGAGUACGUGGCCCUCUACGUCAGGUGGCUCCUGGAGACCUCCGUGGAGCGGCAGUUCCAGAACCUGCAGCGCGGCUUCUCGCAG